UACCCCUGCCUGGAGCAAGGUUCAGGGGAUACCCCCUGGCUCUCUGUUCCUGAGCCCAUCCUGUGCCCCCCAGGGCUGCUCCCGGCUGGCACCAGCGUCCUGGAGCUGGAGAGGAUGAUCAGGGUGGCCACGGGCAGGAGUGCCCUGCUGUCCUACAGCUGGUACGGCUGUUUCUGCGGCAUCGGGGGCUCCGGGACCCCCGUGGAUCCCACUGACAGGUGCUGCCAAGCCCACGAUUGCUGCUACAGGAGGCUGAGGGAGGGCAGGUGCAGCCCCCUGCUCACCCCCUACAGCUUCACCUCCUCCAACGGGAGCAUCACCUGCAGUGAUGAGCAGAGCUGGUGCGAGAGAGAGACCUGUGUGUGUGACAGCACCGUGGCCUCGUGCUUCGCCAGCACCCUGCACUCCUACAACAAUUCCUACCGCUUCUACUUCAAACUCAAAUGCCAAGGAAGUAAACUCCAGUGCUGAGGAGAAGGAAUCUGCACACAAAAUUCCAGAUUUGGGCUGGUUUUCCCCAGCAAAUGGGGCUCGGAAAAGGUAGAGCUGCCUGUGAGGUGCUGCUCAGAACGAGCACCACAGAUGGAGACCCAGCAGUUCCUGGAAAGCCACAGCAGCUUCCUCUUUUUGUCCCUUCCUCCUCUCUUGAUUUCAUUUCCCAGCAGAUAAUAAUGAUACAAUAAAAGGGAUGUAAAUUGGU